UAACCUGAUUCUGAGGGCUUAGUUUUAUUUAUGCUUCAUAACAAAAGAAUCAUAUUUUUAAAAGUAAGACCGGAUUUAUUCUGAUUUUCUUCUGAGUUCAACAAUGGAAAAUUCUUCUCGUGAAAUAGUUUUUUCCCUCAUUGGACUGAAUGACACAAGAACAAACAAACUGAUUUAUUUUUCCUGUUCAUUUCUCAUCUAUUUGUUCACAAUUUUUGUGAAUAUAACUCUGCUUGUGACUGUCAUGCUGGACAGAGUUCUGCAUGAGCCCAUGUACAUCUUCCUGUGUAAUCUGUGUGUCAAUGGGAUUUAUGGUGCUACAAGUUUUUACCCCAAAAUUCUGCUGGACCUCCUAUCAGAUUCACAUAUCAUUUCAUACAAUGCAUGUGUGACUCAAAUUUUCGUGGUCUAUUCUUAUAUUCUAUGUGAGCUCGCCAAUCUGACAGUGAUGGCUUAUGACAGGUAUGUUGCAAUAUGUAACCCACUGCAGUAUCACCCCAUUAUGACCCCAGGGAAGGUGGGGAAAUUACUCCUGGUGCCCUGGCUGAUAUCUUUUGUUGAGAUUUUAAUUGUAGUUCUUCUAAUGGUCAGGCUGCCUUUGUGUGGAUAUAUGAUAAAUAAGCUUUAUUGCACAAACUGGGAUGUGGUGAAGCUCUCCUGCAUAGACACCAGUGUGAAUAAUCUAUAUGGAUAUGUAAUAGUCAUCUCUCAUUUCAUCCAAACACUGCUGAUUGUAAUCUCCUACUUCCAUAUCAUCAGAACUUCUGUGCGAUCGAAAGCAGGACAGAACAGGUUCAUGGAGACCUGUCUGCCUCAUCUGAUCACUCUGACUACCUUCUAUCUAUCUGCUGCUUUUGAUGUCUUAUAUGCACGCUAUGGAUCCAGCAGCAGCCUGCAGGGUCUCCGUAACUUCCUCUCCAUAGAGUAUCUGAUCAUCCCUCCCCUGCUGAACCCCCUCAUUUACGGCCUCAAGCUGAAGCAGAUUCGUCUGAGUGUCUGGAGGCUGCUCAGCAGGAAAGUCAGUGCACUGACAUAGAUUCCAGUAUGUUCUUCCUCUC